AUGCUGACGCCACUUCGGUCGGUGCGGCGUCUGCCCCUAGCGGGAGACGCCGCCCUGGCAAGGGCAAGGGGGGCAGGGGCGCUGGAGGAGCGAGCGGGGGCGGUGGAGGUGGAGGUGGAGGCGGUGGGGGGAGUGGGGGUGGCGGUGGGAGUGGAGGUGGGAGUGGAGGGGUCGGUGGCGGCAGUGGAGGCGGAGGCGGCGGCGGCGGUGGCGGUGGGAGCGGAGGUGGCGGAGGUGGCGGCGGUGGAGGAGGCAGCGGAGGCGGUGGCAGUAGCGGAGGCGGCGGAGGCGGUGGGGGUGGCGGUGGAGCUGGUCGCGGGUCUUCGCAGAGGAGUGGCUCCGGUGGUGGCUCGCGCCAGCAGCAGCAGCGCGGUCUGGUGCUGA